GCUGCAUCCUGGGCCUCGGCGUGUGCUUUGCGGGCGCCGUCAUGAACCCCGAGAGCUUCGCGGCGGGCGAGCGGCGAGUUUCGCCUUCUUACGUGAGGCAGGGCCGGGAGGCUCGGCGUGCGCACGAGCACCUCAUACAGCUGCUACUAGAGCAGGGCAAGUGUCCAGAGGAUGGCUGGGAUGAAGGUACACUUGAGCUCUUUCUGCAUGAGCUUGCAAUCAUGGAUAGCAACAAUUUCUUGGGUAAUUGUGGUGUGGGAGAAAGGGAAGGGAGAGUGGCCUCUGCGUUGGUUGCCCGUCGUCACUACAGGUUGAUCCAUGGAAUUGGACGAUCUGGUGAUAUUUCUGCUGUGCAACCAAAAGCUGCAGGCUCUAGCCUCUUGAACAAAAUUACCAAUUCUUUGGUGCUUAAUGUCAUAAAGCUGGCUGGUGUUCAUUCAGUGGCCAAUUGCUUUGUAGUUCCUAUGGCAACCGGUAUGAGUUUAACCUUGUGUUUUUUAACAUUACGACACAAAAGACCAAAGGCCAAGUAUAUCAUAUGGCCACGAAUAGACCAGAAGUCCUGCUUUAAGUCCAUGGUCACUGCAGGUUUCGAACCCGUGGUGAUAGAAAAUGUGUUAGAAGGCGACGAGCUGCGCACUGACCUGAAUGCAGUGGAGGCUAAAGUCCAGGAACUCGGGCCUGAUCGUAUUCUGUGCAUUCAUUCUACCACGUCCUGCUUUGCUCCAAGGGUGCCUGAUAGAUUAGAAGAACUGGCUGUGAUUUGUGCUAAUUAUGACAUUCCGCAUGUAGUCAACAACGCUUAUGGAUUACAGUCUUCCAAGUGCAUGCAUCUCAUUCAGCAGGGGGCUCGGGUUGGUAGAAUCGACGUUUUCGUUCAGAGCUUGGACAAAAAUUUUAUGGUUCCAGUAGGUGGUGCUAUAAUUGCUGGCUUUAAUGAUUCCUUCAUUCAGGAAAUCAGCAAGAUGUACCCAGGGAGAGCUUCGGCUUCGCCAUCCUUAGACGUCCUUAUUACCUUGUUGUCACUCGGCUGCAAUGGCUACAAGAAGCUGUUAAAGGAAAGAAAGGAAAUGUUUGUAUAUUUGUCCACUGAACUGAAGAAGUUGGCAGAGGCCCACAAUGAAAGACUGCUACAGACACCUCAUAACCCUAUAUCUUUAGCUAUGACACUUAGAACACUUGGUGGACAACAUGGCAAAGCUGUCACUCAGCUUGGCUCAAUGCUUUUUACCAGACAAGUUUCUGGAGCCAGGGUUGUGCCUCUUGGUUCUGUGCAAACUGUGAGUGGCUACACUUUCCAAGGCUUCAUGUCCCACACAGAUAAUUACCCUUGUGCUUACCUCAAUGCGGCAGCAGCCAUUGGGAUGAAGACGCAAGAUGUGGACUUGUUCAUAAAGAGACUUGAGAAAUGCUUAAACACAGUAGAAAAAGAACAAAAUAAAGCAAGUGUUGUGUCUGGAGUUGACAAUUAUAACCGAGCUGGAGAUGUGGACAUUGAGGAAAUGGCUUUGAAACUAGAUAGUGUGCUAGGUGACAAGCACCAAUGACCUUCUUCAUGACACGGGUUUCUUUUUGCUACAGUUCAUACAAGCACUUUAAAGGACAUAUGUAAAGUUUUUGAACUGAGAGUUUUGUAAAGAAUGUUCUCUCAAGGAAGAGGGUCUGAGGGUAGCCGUUGGUGAUUGCUGUUUUUAAUCCUUAGAAUACCUCAGUCCUUAUGAUUCUUAACAGGUUAUAAAAUGCAGUUGCAUUGAAUGUUUUCUGAUUGUUACAUUAGUUAAGCAACACAAUUCAGAUGAUUCUUACUAAUAUAAAUUGUAAAGUUACAUGUAAUUCUCAUUGAAAUACAGAGUUCUUCUUAGCCGUUUUCCAGCAUUCAAAGAUUUCUUUUGUUUCUGAUCACACAGAAUUGAGAAAGAUGUUUCUAGUGCUGCUAAAUACUAUAUGUUUGUUUAGCUGUCUCUGUGCCUAUAAAAGGGAUUUCUCAAGGAAGCAGAGCCAGGGCAUACACUUGUUGUAAACUUAAGGGCAGUUGUUCUCAACUGGAGUGACUUGAUUAUACAUAAGCAACGUGUAGACCCAAAGUGGUGCUAGUGACAUUAAAUGGUAGAAGCUAGCAGUUUUGCUCAACAUCUUACCUACUGCCCAAUACAUGAUUUCCACAAAAGAAUUCUCAAAAAUGUCAGUAUUGAUGUGGGUCAAGGAAGUGAGCUCCUCAGUAAAGUUGCUUUAUGCAGCAUCUUGGUCAUGUGCUGCCUGAUGGCAUUGUUAUUCAUUGUGGACUGCAUGGAAGUCAGUGGUCCCAUGAGAUACAGCACCUAGUGAUAUGAUGCCUCUCUUGGCUUGUUAAGUAUUUGUCAUGCUGUUCACAUACAUAUAAAACCAGCUAAUUAUACAUUUUUAGACCAUAUCUCAGGGUUAUGUGACUACAUAUCAAAAAAAGAUAGCUCCAUGAAUGUUACGAAGUGUACUGCAUAGAGACAGCCAGAAUCACUAGUUCUAAACAAGUGAUUAUAAGUUGUUUUAUAUAGGACCUGCUCAUUUUUCCAUUUGGGCAACUGAAAACUGUUCCCCAUUCUGUCUUGACUUUAAGCAGCCUUUGUGAACUGACUAGUUCACUGAGGUAGUAUGCAUGGCCACCAUCAGAACUAAUAUGCCUGACUUUGAACAUGUUCUUGCUAAAGAGGUCAAAAUACAGUACUGCAAACCUAUGUUUUAUAUAUAGGCAGAAAGAGAAUAUGUAGGUUUUCAGUACUCUUUCUGUGUAUGUAUGUCUGAAAUUUCAGGCUCAAUAGCUCUAACAGUGAUUUUUGUUAAUUUAAAACAGACUGGGGAAUUAGUGAAGCCUCUUGAAAACGUCACCAUGCCAAAGCUAUAUCUCUCAGACCUGUUCUGGGGAGCGUCAUUCUACCCAAGACAUACUCACAGGGAAAGAGCUCCAUGGAGAAAUGGGGAAAUGUCUUUGUAGAUUUGCUCAUAAUGUAUUAAAUGCUGCAAGAGGAUUCCUUUAGUAAAGGUUGGCCUGCUUUUCCAAAGAGAAAUCAGUUUUCCGAACUGAAACACUCGUUAAUGUCUCCUGAAACAUACUCUUUCAACACAAUGGGCCAAAUGCAUUGACCUCCAGAUUCUAUUGCUUGUAUUAGUUGUCACUGAGCUGUGUAUGAAAAGGGGUCUUUCUUGUGUAUGAUCUUAUAGGGUUUGUAAAGAUGAGUUUGGCCAGAUGCUGAGUGUGUAAGUUGGGCUUUGGGAGCCACUGAUGACCAUGGAAGUUAAGGCUGGCUGGCUGGCUGGAGAUAAAGAGCUCACUUCCAGUUAUCUAAGUGAUUCCUAAAUGUAUUCUACACUCUGUGGGCCAGACACUGAAAUGGAUCUUAAGCCUACAGUGACUCUUUACACGGUAGUAAAUCCUGGAUUGAAAAGGUAUGUGCUGUUUUCGUGGUGGAUGCGGGACUGCAUUGUAGACCUGAUGAAGCUACAGAAGCCCAGUCUCCAUGGAGCCCAGGAGGGUCAGAUAAUGCUGCCGAUGGAAAUGCUGGCAGUGCAGUUUCCUAUGCAUCAGGCCAAAAUGAUUUUCUAGAACAAGUGAUCUAUAUUGUGUGCUCAUCAUUUUGCUUAAGAAAGGCCAGAGUCCAGAGACUGAAGAUGCUUCCUCAUCUGCCGAGUAUCAGCAGUUCUUGGGCUUCAGCUGCUGAAUGGAUAAUAAUUCUAAUUGAAGAUAAAUUACGUGAGCCCACAUAUGAAUGAUAGAUAUGGUAUAACAUUUAUUCCUGGUGCAUAAAGUCUGUUACAGUUUUGUUAUUAACCCUUUCUCUUUUAAGUAGUUCUAAAUUCCAGCUGUUCCUCUGGCUCCAAGCUUGAUCCUAAGGUCACAGAACUAAGUUUUUUGGAAGGAUAGAAUGGUUCUUUGUCAUCAGGCUUGCCUUCGCCCUCAACCCUGUAUAACUUACCUAAUUCCCUCCUGUUCACAUAUGCAUGUUAAAAGGACUGUACCUAAGUGUCGGCCAUGAAACACACUGCUUGGGAUGCUUCAUGAUCUACCUUUGUUUGCUUCAGACUGGCAGUGAAGGACAGCAUUCCAGUCGCUGCCUAAGACACUGCUACUAUUUUCCUGGCCCAGCUCCUCUUAUGAAUAAGGUGUAAGGCAGAUUUUGGAGGUUGGUUUUUAAAGUCAUUGGGCUGGACUAGUCUGCUUAGAGAAGAGAACUGAAUCACAGAAUGUUUGGUCACUAAUGUGGUUUACUCACACUGCAGGGAAAAGUCUCUGCUGAUGCAUCCUCACUGUCAGGGAAAGAUGUGACUGCAACCUUGGACCCCCUGUUAACUGUGAAGCUUCCUCUUGGCUCUGGUAACAGUUGAACAGAGUCAUAUAGGAUACAGUUCUGUUCCACCAAUAGGUCUUUGAUGUAUAAAUGGUAAAUUUAAAUAUGAUUUAAUUAAAUUAAAUUUUUCUACUAGCUUGUUCCAGCACAUAAUUACUCCGUGAUUCCAUUUCUUUAACCACAUGACAUUAAGAACUGUCAUUGAGGCCCUAGCUAUAGAAUAAAUGUAUGCCAAUGGCUUCCACAGGUUUUAGUGGAACUUAAGCAUAUGUACUUACUUUUUACACUUCUGAUAAUAUUGAAUUAGUGAUCUCCUUCUGGCAAGUUCAGUUUUAUACCUUUUCCAUGAAGUAGGUGGCUAGCAUUGAAAAUAGUUUUGGAAAACAUUCAUGAAUCUCAUUCAUAUUGUUAUCAGAAAAAUAUUUAAAUAUAUAUACAUUUGGUACUUAAGAAAUUGGAUUUGCUUUGCCCAGAAAUUUAAGAUGCAGUAAUUUCUGUCAAGCCCAAAAUGGUUUUGUGUUUUACAUUGAUAAAUUUAUAUUGAGUUGAAAAAUACCCAGUUUUAUAUGCACAGAAGUUAGUUAAUUUCAGAAAUUUCAUAAUCUCUGAAUAAUUUGAUAAGAACCAACUGGCUAUGCUAGUAACAAGUGUGCGUGCGUGCGUGUGUGUGUGUGUGUGUGUGUGUGUGUGUGUGUGUGUGUGUGCACGUGCGAGCGCGUGUGUGUUUGCUUGCUCGCCUGUGGUGGGGGUCACCCAGCCAGUGCUGGGUGCUUCCUUGUCUAUCAGUUCUGCUCUUUGGACAGCCUUAGUCCACACGUCUGACUUGCUGCCUCCUUUAGUAAAAUUGCCUUAAUUUUACUUUCAUUUUGGCCUCAUGGUCUAUGUGACAUAAGAUGAUGAUUUUACAGCUAAUGCAUAUGUCUUUGUAAUUUACCAGCCAAUAUUCUGCAGUUCAAGCUAAGUCUUUGGACAGAGCCAGAUUGUGUUUGUACUAUCCUUUUUUUUUUUUUUUUUUAAGUGGUACCAACAAGAGCUUUUGGAGAAAGGUGAAGGAAGGCCGAGUUGACUGUGUAACUGUGUGGUGGUAGGGAUUGGAGCUAUGAGACUAUGAUGCAGACCUGUGUAUUACCAAAAGGGAGAAACACUUCUAGAAAUAUUUUUGGUAUAGACUGUUUAAAAAUAAAAAUAAAUUGUAUAAUUUAUUACAUGAAAUAAAUUUUUAAUAACUCA